AUGUCGGUCUUUAAACGCAUAGUGCUCGACGUAUCGGGGAGCUACAUGAACUCUGCGAAAUACAGCGACCUCGAGGUCCGCUGUAACGACACCACUUACAUGGUUCACCGGAUGGUUCUAUGCCCCCAGAUCAAAUUCUUUGACAAAGCGUGUAGCUCGGGGUUCAAGCAAGCCGAAGAGGGCGUAAUUGACCUCAGCCACGACAACCCUGCUACCGUCGCAUCGAUGCUAGAAUAUGCGUACACUUUUGACUACACCACUCCGGAAGCUCCGAUUUCAUCACCACUACCGAAGACACCUUUCCUUCACGAUAUGGGGAAGGCGGACUGGUUCGCCGAUAUAGUCCGGGAAGUCUGCGAAUUUACAUACACAAGUGACCGUGGACUACGCAAUAUUAUGGUCGCCAUCGUCGGGAACAACCACUCCAGCAUCAUGGAACAAGACAGCAGCAGCCCACUUCGGGUACUGAUGGCGGAGAUUCCAGACUUUGCGAGCGAUUGCUUCGCUAAGAUGAGCGACCUGUAUAACGGGGAUGUGAAGAAGUUUGAGGAGGUAUAUGUAUGUCCUGAAUGCGGCCUCAAGACGACAGAGGACGGGAUUGAGGCGCUUUCAACAGGCUUCAUGUGGGUGGAGGAGGACGUUUGCGAUCUUUGUCUAUUGAGGCGCGAGCCUGAAAGCUAA